AUGUCACGAUCAGCGACCAGUUUUCUCACAGUUGGGAGUGGCAAGGCGCUGGCACACAUACACUCCGUGUGCGACGUGGGCCUAAUCCACCGCGAUGUGAAGCCAGUGGCUCGAAUAGCAAUCAUUUCCGUAACGACGCAUUUUGUCAUCUUCUCCUUGCAGAGGGGCUGGGUAGCGUUGAUUCCUGAACGGGUCCUUUGUCGGUUUGCUCUGCAUUUCGAUGAGAACCUCCGCUUCCGCACCAAGCAUCCGGACUCGGAGCUAGUGCUUGUGGACUUCGGGCUCUGCUGCCCAGCGACAACUGCUGAGAAGCGAACCAUCGUCGGCACUUUGCUGUACGUCGCCCCGGAGGUGUUCUCUCGGAAGUACAGCACGCAGGCCGAUCUGUGGUCCAUCGGAGUGAUACUUUUCAUCCUGCUCACGGGGCAGCCGCCUUGGAAGCAGAACGUCAAUGUCGGGUUCGUGCCGAGCAAGAAGGUCCUGAAUGGUGAGGCGGCGCAAACCGCGCUGACUGCGAAGGCAGCGUGUCCCCAGAACCUGACUUCAUUCAAAACUAAGUGGAGCUUUCAUGAUGACAUGUAG